UGCUCAAGCAGGGAAGCCGAACGCGCCUCCUCCUCCUCCGCCUCUUCCUCCGGGUUGGCUCCGUUUCCCCAGCGCGGAGGCGGGGACGGGCAUCCCACCAGUGGGCGUCCCGCGCAGUCGGCCCUUCUGCAACCCCCACCGCCCCACCGCCUCCGGUUUCUCCCUUUUCCAAGUCUCAAGACGUGGAGGGCGCGCCGAGUUUCUCCGCAAGCCUUGCCCAGAUGGGAGGGCGCGGGGACCGAGACCCCGAGCCAUUCCCUUCUGAGCUGUGACGCAUAGUUUGGUGUUUUGAAGAUGGAUAUGCUAGUCUGGCUUUGCAGACGAUGUUUCAGAUAUUAGGAGUGUUGGAGUGUUGAUGGUUUAAAACUUUCCGCCAAGCGCCGAGAAUGUAUUGGUGUGUCAGGAGAGAGGAAUCUGGAGAAAAUGGCGAGAAUCCCAGAGAGGAACAAGAAGAAAUGUCGGACGUGGGUGGUCAACAGUCCACAAUGGAGUCUCUCUCCCCUGGCCAGACCUCUGCAAACGAGACCAUUCAGAGUCUCUACCGAAGUGGAGACUUGGAGGCUGCUCUACAGCUGGUCCAAGCAGCCAGCAGGAGGAAUCUCUCUCAAGAGGAGAAGGGGCACCUGUUGAGCCUUUCAACUACCUAUGGGGACCUGCUGGCCGUGAGAUACUUGUUAAAGGAGACAGGUGUGACCAUAAGCCCUGAACCCAAUGAUGAUAACCCAGCAGUGGUAGCUGCGUAUUUUGGACAUAAGGACAUAGCACAAGAAUUGCUAGAAUCUUUUCUUGGUGCAACGAACAUCUCGCAAUUGCUGAAUUGGAUGCUGGUGGUGGCAUGUCAGCAAGGCCAUCUAGAAGUGGUUAAGCUCUUAGUGCUGGCAUACAGAGCGGAUCCUGACAGCUACGCUGUGAGAAAGAAUGAGUUCCCGGUCCUUCUUCGAUUGCCACUUUAUGCCGCCAUGCAAGAAGGCCAUGACAAUAUCGCUGCCUUUUUGCUGGAGAAUGGUUCGUUCUUUUGUUCCUACACACUAAUGGAUUGUCCCGAGGCGAGCAAACGGCUUCUUUGCAAACAUUUCAUUGAACCAGUUCCUUCAUCCGGGAAUGUCCAGGCAAAACCAGGUCUUUCUGUGAACUGGUCAAAGCUCAGAUUGCCUUGGGUGGAUUUUGACUGGCUGAUAGAUUUUUCCCAUCAAAUAACGGAGCUGGACCUCUCCACUAAUCACCUGACCUCCCUUCCAUCCAUCAUCCCUUGGGGACUGAUGAACCUUCAGAAGCUGAACCUUUCUGACAACCGAUUAAAACAGCUGCUUGAUGUACAGUCCUCGGAUGGAAUCAUCUGCACAAAGUUACUCGAGAUUGACAUAUCUAACAACAGAUUCCUCAGCCUUCCUUCUGGUUUAUUGCACCUUUCUCGACUCCAACGACUCAUUGCUGCCAAAAAUUAUUUGGAAAGACUAUUCAAUGAGGAGAACGCAACCAACUGGAUUGGAUUAAGAAAACUGCAGGAAUUAGAUGUCUCAGACAACAGAUUAUCAGAGCUGCCUGUUUCCUUUCUGCACUGCUUGAAAUCAUUGCAAAACCUCAACGGAUCUAGCAAUAACUUAAAAGUGUUUCCUCUACCGUGGGCAUGUCCUUUGAAAUCUUGCAAAGUAGCUAGAAACAUGCUGGACUCUCUCCCUGAUACUUUGGCAGUGUUUUGGAAAAACCAUCUCAAGGAAGUAGAUUUCUCCGACAAUUCCUUGAAAGAUCUUCCACAGGGUCUCUUCCAACUUGAAGCUCUGGUCUCCCUGAAACUUUCUGGAAAUCAGAUAGUCACUUUACCUUCUCCAGAGAAGUGGGCUUGCCGAUUGUUGAAAUCUCUGGAUCUCUCUAAGAAUCAGCUUGGAAAAACUGAGGAAGGGACCAAAACUAAAUGGAUUCCCUUAUUCACUACAAGGAACAGAACUUGCAUUGGCAGCGAGAUAGAAUAUACCCUACAGUUUCCUGAAUUCCUGGCCGAUACGUUGGAGGUCCUCUAUCUGAAUGACAACCAACUAGACUCCGUCCCGCAGUCUGUUUGUCUCCUCAGGGGGCUGUCAGAACUCUACUUAGGAAAUAACCCAGGCAUCCAAGAGCUUCCUACUGAACUUGGACAACUGGUUAAUCUUUGGCAGCUGGAUAUCGAGGAUCUAAACAUUGGCAAUCUUCCAACGGAGAUCAGAAAAGAGGGACCCAAGACCAUUUUAGCUUACUUACGUGCCCAGCUACGCAAAGCAGAGAGAUGUAAUGUGAUGAAAAUGGUGGUGGUAGGUCCUCCUCGACAGGGAAAAUCCACCCUGGUUGAGAUCCUGCAGACAGGGAAAUCUUCUUUUUCAAUGCCUGACAAUGCCACUGUCCGGACCACAAGAUGGGAGCUCCAGAGACCUGCUGGAUUCAAAUCCAAGGUUGACGCCAUUGAGUUGAACGUCUGGGAUAUUGGAGGCCCCGCCAGCAUGUCAACAGUCAACCAGUGCUUCUUCACAGAUAAGGCAUUGUACAUUGUCAUCUGGAACUUGGCACUGGGAGAAGAAGCUGUAGCGAAUCUUCAAUUCUGGUUACUCAGUAUUGAGGCCAAGGCUCCAAAUUCAGUUGUGCUGGUGGUAGGGACUCAUCUGGACCUCAUUGAAACAAAAUUCCGUGUUGAGAGGAUUGCCACCCUAAGAGCCUAUGUCCUGGCCCUCUGUCGAUCUCCCUCAGGUUCAAGAGCCACUGGUUUUCCAGACAUCACAUUUAAGCAUUUGCAUGAACUCUCAUGCAAAACAUUGGAAGGCCUGGAUGGGUUGCGACAGCUGAUCUUCCACGUCAGCACAAACAUGAAGGAUGUUGGAAAUUCCAUUGGCUCACAGAGGCUUGUUGGGAGACUGGUCCCGAGGAGCUAUUUGAGCCUUCAAGUAUCCGUCACAAUUGAGCAACAGAGGAGAAGCCAAAACGAUAGUGUGCAAUAUCUCACUGACAAGGAAAUACAAGGAAUCAUUGAGAAAACUCCAGCCAAUGACAUCAAGGAUUAUGAAGACAUGCAAUCCGCCAUUAAUUUCCUGAUCGAAACAGGGACGCUGAUGCAUUUCCCAGACACAAGCCAUGGGCUGAGGAACCUCUACUUCCUUGACCCGGUGUGGUUGUCUGAAUGCCUGCAGAGAAUCUUCAACGUCAAAAGCUCCAAGUCAAUUGCCAAGAACGGCGUGAUCAAAGCUGAGGACCUCCGGAUGCUGAUGGUCGGGAUGGGAUUCACCAAAGAAGCUGAAGAGCAGUACUUCCAAUUCCUUGCCAAGUUUGAAAUUGCGUUACCGAUAGCAAACAACAGUUAUCUCCUGCCCCACCUGCUUCCUGCCAAGCCAGCCUUUGAUGUUCACAGCUUACGGCACCAGACAACAAACACCAUCCAAAGAGUAUUCAAGAUGAGCUUUGUUCCUGUUGGGUUUUGGCAACGGUUCAUAGCCCGGAUGCUGAUAAGCCUUGCAGAGAUGGAUCUUCAGUUUUUUGAAAACAAGAGGAUGACCAAGAACAGAAAUAGAAGUUCUGUAAUCUACAGCUUUACGGGCACACAAAGAAACAGAUGCAGCACAUUCCGGGUUAAAAGAAAUCACACGAUUUAUUGGCAAGAAGGAUUGUUUGUCUCCUUCGAUGGUGGCUAUUUGAGCGUGGAGUCUUCUGAUGUGAAUUGGAAGAAGAAGAAAAGUGGUGGCAUUAAAAUCAUCUGCCAGUCAGACGUGAGGGAUUUUUCAGCAAUGGCUUUCAUCACUGAUCAUGUGAAUUCUUUGAUCGACCAAUGGUUUCCUGCCCUCACUGCCACCGAGAGUGACGGGACUCUACUGAUGGAGCAAUAUGUGCCUUGCCCCGUCUGUUCGACCACAAAGCCCCAGGAUGGAGAAGACAGCCCCCCAAAAGAAGAUGGCCAGUACUUCAAUAUGGAAGACUGUUUUCUCACGGCUAUUGAGCAAGACCACAUCACCUGUGCCCAGCAUCCAGAUCUACCUGUCCCUUUACAGGAACUGGUCCCUGAACUUUUCAUGACGGACUUUCCAGCCAGAUUAUUCUUGCAAAAUAGCAAACUGGAAUGCGUAGAAAAUGAAAACAGCAUCCUCGGCCAAGGAGGAAGUGGAACGGUUAUCUAUCGGGCACAAUAUCAAGGGAAACCGGUAGCCAUCAAGCGUUUUCAGAUUAAAAAAUAUAAUACUUCUGCCAAUUCAGCAACAGACACCAUGCUGAGGCAUCUACGGGCGAUGGAUGCCAUGAAGAGCUUCUCGGAGUUCCGUCAAGAGGCCAGCAUGCUCCACUCAUUGCAAUACCCCUGUGUGGUCUCCUUGAUAGGGAUCAGCAUCCACCCACUCAGCUUGGCCUUAGAACUGGCUCCUUUGGGCAGCCUGACCACUGUACUCUCAGAAAACUCUAAAGGAGCUUCCUUUGUACCUUUGGGACAUAUGCUGACCUUCAAGAUCGCCUAUCAGAUUGCUGCAGGCCUGGCCUACCUUCACAAGAAGAAAAUCAUUUUCUGCGACUUGAAAUCUGACAACAUCCUUGUGUGGUCUUUAGACGUGAAGGAAAGCAUCAACAUCAAACUAUCUGACUAUGGGAUAUCUCGUCAGUCCUUCCAUGAAGGAGCUUUGGGGGUGGAGGGUACCCCUGGCUAUCAGGCUCCAGAGAUACGACCUCGCAUCGUCUAUGAUGAAAAGGUGGACAUGUUUUCAUAUGGAAUGGUGUUGUAUGAGCUGCUGUCGGGGCAACGACCCGUCCUGGGACAACAUCAACUGCAAAUUUCAAAGAAACUCUCCAAGGGGAUUCGGCCCAUCCUGGGCCAGGCAGAAGAAGUGCAGUUUCAUCGACUUCAGGCUCUCAUGAUGGAGUGUUGGGACACCAAACCUGAAAAGCGGCCACUGGCCAUUUCAGUUAUAGGACAAAUGAAAAGUCCUUCCUUUGCCACAUUCAUGUACUGCUUGCCCUGUGGGAAACAGUCUUUCUUCUCUUCUCAAGGACAGGACCACACUGUAGUAUUCUGGGAUGAGAAGGAAGAUACAAGGAACUACACUGUAGUAAAUACAGAGAAAGGAUUCAUAGAGGUUUCCAAAAUGAGUUGUCCAGGAAUGAAGCUAUGCUGCCAGCUGAAACUUCAGAACUCUCUUUGGACUGCAACAGAGGACCAGAAGAUUUACAUAUAUAGUUUACAAGGAAUGUGUCCUCUGAAGGCUCCACAGAAAGGCAUAGACACUCCAGCUGUUGUCACCUGCUUUCUUGCGGUGCCUUUGAUGAAAAAGAACUGCUACGUGGUCCUGGCUGGCUUAUCUGAUGGACUGAUUGCAGUUUUCCAAGUCACAAGUGGCGCCCUGGAGGACAAUUGCUGCUAUCUUUGCUCCCACAUGGCAAACCGUUCCUUGUUCAAUAUCAGCGAUGACGACCCCCGCCAGAAUCCUUACUCUGUGAAAGCCAUGGAAAUGGCCAAUAAUGGAGCAGAAGUCUGGUACAGCAAUGGCCCCGGUAUCCUUAUCAUAAACUGCAAAGCCAUGGAGAUCACCAGGCGACUGGAGCCCUACAGUUUGCCAUCCACUGUGGUAUCCAUUGUGUGCAGCUCCGAUUGCAACGGGGAAGAAGUGACCUGGUGUUUAGAUGAUGCCACCAACUUCCUGGUGAUGUACUACACCUCUACCUAUCAGCUCUGUGCCCGAUACUUCUGUGGGGAUCGUAGCCCCCUGAGGGACAUGUUCACAAUUCAACAGCCUUCAACCUUGAUUCCUACAACACUAACUGCAAACAGGGAUGUGGCUCCUGAGAGCACCUCUUUGGCCAAUGUGAGCAUCCUUCAGAGCCGAGAACUUGGCACUCAAAUACUAAACCACCAGGACUCCAUGACAGACUACUGCUCUGUGUCCUCUUACUCACCAUCAUCUCCUAGCAGGAUGCUGAGAUCUUCCUCAAGUCUCCCAAGCUCUCCCACAAGUUCUUCCAGCACACCUUUCUUGACCGACUGUGAAGAGCUCAACAAGCUUCAAGAGCCAAAUCUUCCUUUGGAGAAGACUGAAACGUUUCUCCAAGCUAUGCAGAUCCUACCUGUAAAAGAUCUCUUGUGGAUUCCCAGGCAAGGUGGUGAUAUCAUUGUGAUUGGCUUGGAAAAGGAAGCCAUCUCUCAGCGAGGAAGAGUCAUUGCUGUGCUGAAGGCUGUGGAGCUGGCCUCCUAUGGGUCACUGGUGGAUGCUGCUGUUCUGGCCAAAGACCGCGUUGUGUGUUGCUUCCAAAAUGAGUUGAAGGAAUGGUGCUUGGCUCUCUGGAGGAGUUGGGAAGCCAAAGACUUUGAUCUUUUCUAUCAAUCACAUGAAGAAUUAGGGAGACUUGAAAUCUGCCUGCGCAAGAGAAGGUAGUGUCUGUAGAUCAGAGGCCCCGAUCAGAAAACUGACACCCUUUGAUGUCUUGAAGACACCCAGACUUUCCUAAAAAGGGAGCGGUUGCUCCCCGGUUCUGCUGCUAAGAGAAACCAAAGAGAGCUCAUCCCACUUCGUGCAUUUGGAUUCCCAGCCAUGGAAUUAUGAAACAAUUGUCCACAUCGUCUUCCAGUCAGAUGCAGGUGUAAACCAACCAACUCCAUCUCUGCAGGGUCUCUGUAAUGCUGUUUUGUGUUGUAGCCCAUUGCUAAACACGACACUUUGGGCCAGUGGUGGGAUUCAAAUUUUUUUUAACUACUGGUUCUGUGAGUGUGGCUUGGUGGGCAUUGAAGGGGAGGAAUGCUGUAAAAUCUCAAUUCCCUCUC